AUGUCUUCGACGGACCAGCACUCGAACAGGAACAUUUACUACGUCACCAGCAACGAAGCGACAAUAGCAUACUGGACCUGCGGUGCCCUGUCUCUCCUCAUCCUCUUCGCCCGGCUGAUUGGUCAUUUCUACCAACAUCGACGCCGAAAGUGCGACGCCACCACGAUUGUCGUCCUGGCCUCAGUCGGAACGCUCAUCGCUCGAACGGCCUUGAAUGAAGUCGUGCUUGAUCGUGGGACGGCGACGAUUGUCACAGCUUCGGGAGAAAGCCUUGACCAGGAGAUCGAAAACGCCGCACGAAUCCGCCUAGGAACAAUCCUCACUCUGGUCGUCCGAGUUAUUGUCACAACCUACUACUGGCUUCAGACCGUCUUGCUCCUCCUCUUCUACAAAGCCACACUCGACCACAUUCCCUGGUCACAUCGGCUGAUCCAGGUCGCCUGGCCGACUAUCGUCCUGACCUGGAUCGGCGUCGUGCUCGCCACCUUUCUCGAGUGCCGGCCUUUCUCCCUGUACUGGGAAGUCUCAUCCGACGGCGAGCAUGCAUGCACACGAGCGUACAUCCAACUGCAACUCCAAGCGGCAUGCAACAUUCUCCUCGAUAUCCUGCUACUCGUGCUGUCCCUCCCAAUCGCCCGCGCACAGCUCCGUCUCUGGCCGAAGAACUUGCAGCUUGGAUGUCUGUACGUCCUCGGAUUCCUCUGCAUGAUCAUCACGGGUGUACGAGUAGCAUUCAUCUACCGCGAUGGAGGGGUGCAGUAUGCGAGGAGUUUCUGGGCUUCGAUUCAGGUGCUUGUGGCGACUGCUGUAGCGAACGGGCCUUCGAUUUAUGGUGCGUGUAAGGUGAUGAAGAGGAGGAAAGAAAGUGAUCUGUCGUUGGGGAGGCUGAGGAGUGCGAGUCUCGCCGGUGUGAUGCGGGCAAAAGACAAACGCCGCGCGGUCGCCGAUUACAAAGUCUGCGUUGCUUGCCCGCACGACAGCUUCGCCAACAACAACAUCACCAUAUUCGCCAACAUGACUAUGGCCGCUGCCGCUCUCCUCAAGGGCCGCGCUUACGAGCAGAUGAUGGUGAAGUUCUGUACUGACGCUCAAGCUCAGUAUCCCGACACUUGGGAAAGCGUCAUCUCCAACGCACAUGCCGAAAUUACACAGCUCGAAGCCGCCAUUAAGGACUACAUCAAGGGCCAUUCUUCGGGCUUCUGCGGCGUCUGUAUGUGGCUUCAUCUCAUCAAGUCAGACGAAUUUGGCGGUCAGUUGUUGCCAGCGUGGCGCUUGCCGAACGAUAAGGACGACGCUGUUUGGGAGGACCGCCUCGACAAACUGAUGCCAACCCUUCAAGACCGUGCGAUUAAAGAGCUGGGAUGGGAGAACAUCAACUUCAGCUGCGAAGACAGUGAGCACAAGCCAACUGAGGGAAUGAAGAUCACGAUGCAGACCGCUGCUCCUACCGCGAUCAAGCCAGCAGGUCCAUUGCCAGCCAAGAAGGCCAAAGUCUUGCCUCCGCACAUGCGCUCCAGCGGACCUCUGCCCACCGCUACCAACACGUUUACCGACCCAGAUGCCAUCCGCGCAAAGAACCAGCAUCCAACACCUCCUCAAUCCGUCUCACCCGAGCCAAUCCCAGUCGACGACAGAUUCACCGCCAUGCAGCGUCUCAAAUUCACCGUCUCACCCGAGCUAGACCCAGUCGACGACAAACUCGCUCCAUCCUGCACGACCACGCUUGUCAACAUCCCUCACGAUCAAGACUUGACUGCUGCGACCACCGACACAAGCCUCGCUCAAGACAUUCGCAGCACUCUCGAAGCGCAAGCUGCCAAGUUUAUCGACGAGACCCUGGCUACCACUGAAGCGAAGAUCGAGGCGGUCAUUCAGUCCAGAGUCCAAGAGCAAGUGAAGGCGCAGAAGAUGGAGUGGUUUCUGGAGUACUCUCGCAAGCAGUCUCGUCAAGUUGAGGAAGCGCAAGACAAGGUGCGAGAAGAGAAAGUGAUGUGGGAGCGAGAGAUGCGGGGGCGUAUGGCGGAAGAGAAGGCGCAGUGGGAGGUGGAACUUCGCAAGAGCUUGCAUGCGAAGAUUGUCAACCGCAAUGCUGAGGUGGCCGAAGAGAAGAGCAAGUUCGAGAAGGAGCUCCAGGCACGCCUCACGGCAGAGAUGGCGGAGGAGAAAGUGCAGUGGGAGAAGGAUCAGCGUGAGAGUAUCAAGGGCGAGUUCAUGAAGAACAUGAUGAGUCUUGCUUUGAUGCAGUGA